GGCAGGCGGGCUCCUGGGGGCGAUCUCAGCCCCACCUCUGCCAGCCUGUCCCAGGAAGCACGUGUAGCCACGGGGCUGCAGCCAAUCAGCUGAGGGCAGAGAGGAGCCCUCUGAGGGGCCAUUGGUGUCUCAGAGCCCACGAGGCCACGGAGGGAGAGGAGGUCUGAGGCCCAGGGUGGGCACCAGCCAGCCAUGGCCACAGCUGAGACCGCCUUGCCCUCCAUCAGCACGCUGACCACCCUGGGCCCCUUCCCGGACACACAGGAAGACUUUCUCAAGUGGUGGCGCUCUGAGGAGGUGCAGGACUUGGGUCCGGGUCCCCCUGAUCCCACCGGGCUGCCCCUCCACGUGAGGCCAGAGUCGCAGGACGCGCCCAGGGAGGACGAAGACGACGACAGGGACUCGGCCACCGCCUGGGAUCUGGAUCUCCUGCUCACCAACUUCCCGUGUCCCGAGCCGGGCGGUGCGCCCCAAACCUGCGCUUUGGCGCCAGGCGAGUGCUCCGGGGUGCAGUUCCCGCCGCCGCCGCUGCCGCCGCCGCCAGCGCCCGAGACUCCCUGCCCGUACGUGGGCGGCCCGGGGCUGGUGGCUGGGCUCUUAGGUCCCGAGGAGCACCCGGGCUGGGCGCGGCCGGCCCCUAGAGCCCCGGUCCCGGACGCCUUCGUGGGCUCAGCCCUGGGCCCAGCCCCCGAGCCCAAGCCAUUGCCGCUGCAGCCCGUGUACCCGGGGCCAGGUGCGGGCUCCUCCGGCAGCUACUUCUCGCGGACAGGGCUUUCGGUGCCCACGGCGCCGGGCGCCCCCUACGGGCUGCUGCCCGGGUACCCACCGCUGUACCCGGUGCCACAGUACCAAGGGCACUUCCAGCUCUUCCGCGGGCUCCCAGCGCCUGCGCCCGGCCCCACAUCACCCCCCUCUUUCCUGAGUUGUCUGGGACCCGGGACGGCGGGUUCGGGACUCCGGGGGACCGCAGGAGACCCAGGAGGGGUCGCGGACGCCGCACCGUCUAAACGCAGCCGGCGAUCGUGGGCGCGCAAGAGGCAGGCGGCACACACUUGCACGCACCCGGGCUGUGGGAAGAGCUACACCAAGAGCUCACACCUGAAGGCUCAUCUGCGCACGCACACAGGGGAGAAGCCCUAUGCCUGCACAUGGGACGGCUGUGGCUGGAGGUUCGCACGCUCAGACGAACUGACCCGCCACUACAGGAAGCACACAGGACAGCGCCCCUUCCGCUGCCAGCUCUGCCCGCGCGCUUUUUCACGCUCCGAUCACCUGGCCUUGCACAUGAAGCGUCAUCUUUGAGCACUGCCCCAACACUUGGACUCUUCCUGGGGAUUGGGGAUGGAACAAAAGCAGAUCACACAGGGUGGUGUUCCCUUGGAUGGACCCUCUCCCGGAUUCAUGGUCCCAUAGAUCCACCCAAAGAUCAAGGACUGGCCCAUAGAGAUACUUGAAGCUCCCACACGUCUUCAGCCACGGGGAGCUACACAGAGACAUCCAGUGGCCACACAGACACAGCGAGACAGACCUCCAAAUAAACGGAGUCAUUUGGACACUCAGACAUUUUGGACAGAGGGACAGACUCUCAGAGAGCUGGACCCUCAGACCAGCUUACAAGAGGCCCUGGGCAGUGGGAGUGGUUGUGGGGUGAGGUUUCCCAGAGACCCUUGGCCUAGAAAGGGGUUUUCACACCGUGAUUAAUGAAGUUCUGCAUAGUGGCUGGAUCUGUUGUGAAUGGUUAUGGGUCCUGUACCAAUGCCUCUCCCAGAUAAAGGUUCAGCGUUGGCCUGAUUUUGUGGGUUUUGGGUGCUGGAAGACGGGAGGAAGCUUUACCCUCGGGGGUAAGGUUGGGAGCCGUACACACCUUCACACCCUCAUCUAAACUUCAGCUACUCCUCUUAGCA